AAUUGAAAAUUUGAAAAUAUUUUUUUUUGAUAUAAAUUUUCUGACGACAAUUUAAUUUUUUUAGAAAUCUUCAUUGUAUUGUGAAACCUUAAACAUAUCAUCAUGGGUAAGGAUUUAACGGAUCCGAUGUCUUUCCUUAAAGACUUUAUGGCGGGUGGUAUAUCAGCUGCUGUAGCUAAAACAGCGGUAGCGCCCAUAGAACGUGUUAAACUAUUGCUGCAAGUGCAACAUGUAUCGACGCAAAUUAGUGAGGCACAACGUUAUAAAGGUAUAAUCGAUUGUUUUGUGCGGUUGCCCAAGGAACAGGGUUUCCUAUCGUAUUGGCGUGGAAAUUUGGCAAAUGUUAUACGUUACUUUCCAACGCAAGCAUUAAAUUUUGCAUUUAAAGAUAAAUAUAAACAGAUAUUUUUGGGUGGCAUUGACAAACAUGAACAAUUUUGGCGUUAUUUCAUGGGCAAUUUGGCUUCUGGUGGCGCUGCUGGAGCAACUUCUCUAUGUUUUGUUUAUCCCUUGGAUUUUGGGCGUACGCGCCUAGCAGCCGAUGUUGGCAAGGGUGCGGGUGAACGUCAAUUCAAGGGUUUGGGUGAUUGCAUUGUAAAAAUUUUCAAAAGUGAUGGAGCAACGGGUUUAUAUCGAGGUUUCGGUGUUUCCGUGCAGGGCAUUAUCAUAUAUCGUGCUACAUAUUUUGGUUUCUACGAUACCUGUCGUGAUUUUCUACCCAAUCCCAAGAAUACUCCCUUCUACAUAAGUUGGGCCAUUGCGCAAGUGGUGACAACUAUAGCUGGCAUAACAUCGUAUCCUUUUGAUACGGUACGUCGCCGUAUGAUGAUGCAGUCGGGUCUGUCAAAAGAGAAAAUGAUCUACAAGAAUACAGCUCAUUGUUGGGCCACAAUUUUAAAAACCGAAGGUAUGAAGGCAUUCUUUAAAGGUGCCUUUUCAAAUAUAUUGCGUGGCACUGGUGGGGCGUUGGUGUUAGCUUUCUAUGAUGAGAUUCAAAAGUAUAUAAAUUAAAGUUUAAGGAGGGAAAAUAUUGCAUUUUCUUCUUUUGUCCUAACAAAAUAAAUUUAAUGAACAUUUUUAGGUUAUGUUAUCUGUUGAAAUUUGAUUAUAAAUUUAUGGAAAUGUUAGUUUUAAUUUAAUAAUAAAUAAAA